AUGAAUUCACGAUUCGUUGCUGUGGCUGGUGCCACAGGUGGCUUGGGUCAGCUCGUUGCAAUGGAGCUAGUGACACGAGGCAUGGCCGUCAAAGCUCUUGUACGCCCUGACACUGCCCCAUCGCGCACCGAGAAGCUUCGCAAUGCCGGUGUUAUCAUCGCUCCCGUCGACCUCUUGGCGGUGCCAGCCCUCACAAGCGAAUUGACUGGAGCUAUUUGUGUUGUCUCCACUCUACAAGGACUGAAAGAUGUCAUUCAUACCGCCCAGGGCAAGCUUCUUGAAGCUUCUGUGGCCGCCAAAGUGCCUAGAUUCAUCCCGUCGGAUUUCUCGCUAGAUUUCACCAAGACAAAGAUCGGAUCCAAUCGCAACCUGGACUUACGUCGCGAAUUCCACGCUGAACUGAAAAACUCUGGCAUUGCAUGGACCAGUAUUCUCAAUGGUGGCUUCAUGGAUCUCAUGGUCGGUGACUCUCCUAUGAUCAAUCACAAGAGCCACAAGGUCGCAUAUAUUGGCUCGACAACGCAACUCCUCGAUUUUACCACCAUGGCCGACACAGCUGCGUAUACAGCGGAGGUAGCCAUCGACCCGAAACCUACACCCAAUUUCCUUCGCAUCGCCAGUCAUACCCUUGAUGUGAAAGGCAUCGCCCAAGCGCAGACCAAUGUUGAGGGCGUGACAUACAAACCAUCGUGGAUGGGCACUGUAGGCUCAAUGGAGUUCAUGAUUCGCGUUAUGCGCCUCUUUGGUGGCGAGAAUGAUGUGUUCCCAGCCUGGCAGGGUAUGCAGUACAUGGCGAACAUGUUUUCUGGUGCUGGAAAGCUUGACUCGCUAGAUAACAGCCGAUACCCUCAUCUGAACUGGACCAAGGUUCAAGAUUUCUUCCAAGAGCACAAGGACAAAAAGUGUUCUGACAAAAAUUCAUGGCCUUGA